CCUUGUUUCGAACAUGUUCCCAACAAUUUCCUCGAGGGGGAUCAUAAUGCAACGGGGCGUACGUUUUUGCACUUUCUGAAGAAAUUAGAUUUGAAGACAUCAGAGUGCUUGAUGGACUGGUAGCUAACCGUCUCAUUCAAUCAAACAAGCACAUCAUGGAAAUAAGUGAAAAGCGGGAAGACUGGAAACCCAAAGACAGCACCUGGUUGUUGAUAAACGUCCUUCCGUGGUCAGGAAAUAGUGGCUACACCAAGUUCUGUUGUAUGCUACAUGCAAAGUCUAAGUUGCCUGAACUUGGAAGAAACGUUUGUAACAAGUGCCACCAAUGGAAUAACCACGAAUGCGAAACAAAUAAUUCAGUGCAAUUUGUUUUUGACAAAUCUUGCUGGUCGGUACUUCUCACCUUCCGCCAGUCUCAGUUCGAUGUUGACAUGCCAAUUGCAUGGAAGUUUUUGAAUGACUUGGAUUUGGACUUUUCUUCAGUAGUGUCUAAUGCAUCGAUGGUCUGCACUAACCAGAGAAUCAUGGUAAGCCUAGAACUCAAGAUUGAUGAAAAGUAUAUCCACAAGAAAAUGUUUCAAGAAAACAUUGCUCGUCAUCUAGGAGUUAAGUUUUCUGAAAUAGAGGUAGUUUACUAUAAAAGAAACGGUACGUUGAUUCUGCUGCGUCUCUCACCGAGAGCUGGACUGCAACUGUUUAAUGCAAUGCAUGCAAGGAAGCUGAGAGAUCAAUUUGGCAAAAUGAUGGCAAAGGCGAUGAGAGGAGAUUCACUGGCAAAUGUCUCGAUUUUGGUGAAGAUGAGUGAUGUACCACCAUCUACACUGUAUGUUGCUCCUACUGGGCCCGAGAUAGUGUCAUAUUACACGUGAACAUUACCGG